AUGGGCUCGGUGACAUCUGCGUUUACCAGGACCAGAAACGCCUUAGUGAAAGUAGGAUCACAACCGGAGAACCAUGACCCGGAGAGGAGCCAGUCCGCCCCAGAGUCUGACCGUGGCAAGAAGCGGGGCGCACGGUUCCAUGUGUCCAUCCAGACCGGGCGACAGAGCUCCCGUGCGUCCCUGUCCGAAGUGCUGAGCAGGCAGGACUCCGGGAGCAAGAAGAGGACCUCAGAUGGACUGCAGAAAGGUCAGUCCACUGUGCACGCUGCAGCUGAUGUGAUAGAAGUCAAAUACUGUAAUGUCCAAGGCAGGUUUCACGCUUCACGUUUUGGACUGUUAAAUCUUUACCAGGAGGUGUGA